AUGUCGAACGGAUUUUGGAUGGAUGAUGGUCAACAGCAACAAGGAGGAUGGAAUACGCAGACAAAUCAACAAGACAUGGGAUGGGGACAAUUCGACUACUCACAACCACAACAAGCACAACAACAAGCUGGAAAUGACUAUUAUCAACAGCAAAGUCAGCAAUAUCAGCAGCCACAAAAUAAUUAUUAUGGCGGACAAAUGUUUUUGCCAAAUACCGGAACUGGAGCACUACCAAACGCUGCUCCAGACGGUGAAGACUAUGAGAACGAGCCACCACUUCUUGAAGAACUCGGAAUCAAUUUCUCUCAUAUCAAAGAGAAAACCAUCGCUGUGUUGAACCCAACUGGUUCGGCGACGGUCGAAGUGAUCGCUGAUCAAGAUCUCGCGGGUCCUUUAGUUUUCUGUCUGAUUUUCGGCGCCGCUCUUCUUCUCCAUGGAAAACUUUCAUUCGGAUUCAUUUACGGAGUCGGGGGACUCGGAUGCGUUGGAAUUUACGCGCUGAUGAAUUUGAUGGCGACUGAUGAGAAGAAUAUCUCGUUUACUUGCACUGCAUCGGUUCUCGGUUAUUGUCUGUUACCUAUGGCUCUUUUAAGUAUAGUUACAGCUGUUUUGUCGUUUAAAGGAAUCGUUGGCUACUUCAUCUCCGCCCUUGCAGUCCUCUGGUGUUCCUCGGCGUCUUCUAAACUAUUUGUGAUCGCCCUUUCAAUGGAUCAUCAACGACUUUUAGUUGCCUAUCCAUGUGUUCUUUUGUACUCUGUAUUCGCUCUUCUUGCCAUUUUCUAA